CCCCUUCCUCUUUUCCAAGUUUACGUUCACAAUCAUGUCUGUCGAAUACGAAGGAGCCAUUGGUAUCGAUUUGGGUACUACCUACUCUUGCGUUGGUGUUUGGGAAUCCGAGCGUGUUGAAAUCAUUGCCAACGAGCAGGGUAACCGCACUACCCCCUCGUACGUCGCUUUCUCUGACAGCGAGCGCUUGAUUGGUGAUGCUGCCAAGAACCAGGCCGCUAUGAACCCCAAGAACACCGUCUUUGAUGCCAAGCGUCUCAUCGGUCGUCGUUUCGAUGAUGCCGAAGUUAAGGCUGACAUGAAGAACUGGCCCUUCACUGUCGUCGACCAGAACGAAAACCCCUUCAUUCAGGUCGAAUUUGAAGGCGAGACCAAGACCUACUCUCCUCAGGAAAUUUCAUCCAUGGUCUUGAUCAAGAUGAAGGAAAUUGCCGAAGCUAAGCUCGGAAAGAAGGUCACCAAGGCCGUUGUUACCGUCCCCGCUUACUUCAACGACAGUCAGCGUCAGGCUACCAAGGAUGCUGGUGUCAUUGCUGGUCUUGAGGUUCUCCGUAUCAUCAACGAACCUACCGCUGCUGCCAUUGCUUACGGUUUGGAUGCUAACGACAAGAAGGAACGUAACGUCCUCAUCUUCGAUUUGGGUGGUGGUACCUUCGAUGUCUCCCUUUUGACCAUCUCUGGUGGUGUCUUCGCUGUCAAGGCCACUGCUGGUAACACUCACUUGGGUGGUGAAGAUUUCGACAACACCCUUGUCAACCACUUCGUCCAGGAAAUCAAGCGUAAGCACAAGAAGGAUAUCUCUGGUGAUGCCCGUGCUCUCCGUCGUCUCCGCUCUGCUUCCGAACGUGCGAAGCGUACCUUGUCUUCUUUGACCCAGACCACCGUCGAAGUUGACUCUCUCUUCGAGGGUAUUGACUUCCAGUCCAACAUCACUCGUGCCAAGUUCGAAGAAAUCAACUCCGUUGCUUUCCAGAACACCGUCGAGCCCGUUGAACGUGUCUUGAAGGAUGCCAAGAUCGACAAGAAGGCUGUUGACGAAAUCGUCCUUGUUGGUGGUUCCACCCGUAUCCCCAAGAUCCAGUCUCUCCUCGUUGAUCUUUUCGAUGGCAAGGAGCUCAACAAGUCCAUCAACCCCGAUGAGGCUGUUGCCUAUGGUGCCGCUGUCCAGGCUGCUGUCCUUACCAACCAGGCCGGUAACGAAAAGACCCAGGAUCUCUUGUUGUUGGAUGUUGUCCCUCUUUCUCUCGGUGUUGAGAUGCAAGGUGGUAUCAUGGCUGUUGUUGUUCCCCGCAACUCUCCCAUCCCUUGCCAGAAGACCAAGGUGUUUACCACCGCUUCUGACAACCAGACCACUGUCACUUUCCCCGUCUACGAAGGUGAACGUUUGAUGACCAAGGAAAACAACAUGCUCGGUGAAUUCUCCUUGAACGGUCUCAUCCCCGCUCCCCGUGGUACUCCUGAACUUAUGUGUACCUUUGACUUGGAUGCCAACGGUAUCUUGAAGGUCACUGCCCAGGACAAGACCACUGGUCGCAAGGCUGAUGUCACCAUCUCCAACUCCACCCGUUUGUCUGCUGCUGACAUUGAACGCAUGGUCCAGGAUGCUGAGAAGAACGCUGAAGCUGAUAAGCAGCGUGAAGCCGCCGUCCAGGCCAAGCAGGACCUCGAAUCCUAUGUCUACCAGGUUGAGAACAACAUCUCUGACCCCAACGUCAACAUGAAGAUCCGUCGUGGUGACCGUGAGGCUAUCGAGACCGCUCUCGCUGAAGCCAUGGAACUCUUGGACAUGAACGCUGAUGAUGCUUCCGUUGAUGACCUCAAGAGCGCCCAGACCAAGCUUAAGCGUGCUUCUACCCGUGCUUUCGCUCACGUCUACUCCCAGCGUCGUUAAGGAGCCUCUCUUUCCUUGAUUGCUAGCUUUUUCUUUAUAUUACUGUUAAAACACACAUUUAUCAUUGUAUAGUGUAUCAAAAAAUGAAGAUUCGAAAGAAUUUUGUGCGUUAGAUUAACCAUGUCUACAAAAAACAAUUAAACGAACGUAAACUGUUGAAAGACAA